UGGUGUAGUUUUGAGUCAUCAUGGCGCUAAAAUAUUUUGAUUUGGGGCUGAUAUUCUGACGGGUCUUUUUUACAUUUUUAAAAUGAAAUGUGAUUUAUUGUUUAAAAUCGUUUUUUCAACAACAAUCAUGUUCAUUUAAAUUACGUGUGUUCUUGCAGCCUGUGUUCAUGUGUUCAUUCUUUUUUUUUUGCACAUUUAAAUUACGUAGAUAUUCCUACAGACACAGGCAUGUCAAUUUUUAGAUAAUUUAUUUUACUUUUUCAUUGAUCUUUAUUUAAAUUACAUUCCUACAAUGGGACGCUGAUAGAUUAUUAUUUAUUUAUUCAUUACAUUUGUAUUUAUUUAUUUGUUUGUUUAUCUCUUUAUUGUUAGCCUUCAAAUGAAAGUAUUUUCCUAGGAUGCAGUCAAUUUUUUUCCUUUCAGGGGCAAAAAGUGACCAAGGCUAACAGGCGGUGACAGGCGGAGUAGUUAUUGAUGAUCACUGAUCACAAGUGACCAUUAUUGUUUUUCAACAGGAAGGUCAGGGCAGGAGGUGACGAGGCAGGGUCCGUUACCAUGGUGAUAACAGAUGAUGAUUUAUCCCCUUAUUGGGCCUUAUCCAUUCAAUAAUUUAUUAUUCUCAGAUUCACUUUGUUCCUUUUCUUCUCCUCCUCCUCCUCCCUUUAUCUUCCUCUCCCCUGUUCUCUCUCGCCCUGCAUCCUCGCUGCUUCCUCUUCCUCCCCCUCUCUCGUCCCGUUCCCCUCCGUUCGUCUUCCCUCCUCUCUCUUUCAGGUCACCGAGAGCCAGCAACAGCUCGCUCUGAAGAUCAAAUUCACCCUCGUUUCCUCUCUCUACGAUGCUCUGCUCACGUCCAUAUGUUGAAGAACACACUCGUCUUAUUUUAGCACCACUACCUUCCUCCUCCUCCUCCUCUUCCUCCUCUCUUGCCCUCCUCUCUUCUGAGUUUUGACUCCCCUUUUCACUCUCUCUCUCUUUGUCUCUCUCUCUCUCUUUCUUAUUUUUUUCACACACGGAAAAAAAAAAUGAAGCGUGGGUCGAGUGUGUUGCAGCCUCACUCUGAUGCAGCCAAACGACACGCACACCCUGCAAACACACACACAAAGACACACACAGGCGAUGACGCACAAGCCGCAGGUUCGAGCCCCUUCCCAGCAGCCACCUCUCUGUUCAGCCCUGAUGUCAGCACCAAGAUGGCGUCUGACCUCCUCAUCAGGCUGUCAGAGGCCACCCAGAAGGCCCAGAUGCAUCCUGGGAGCCGAGAGGAAGCGGAGCAGCAGGAUGAGCCAGGCGUCGCUCUCUCACCGGACAGCCCCGGGGCGAGUCCCGAGCCACCGUCCCUCACGCACACGCCUGACGGCAAUACCGCUACGGACACGCUAGCUUCAGAUCUGCUCCGGAAGCUAGCAGAGCGUCAGGAAGUGAAUGGCCAUGUGGUAAGACUCAAAGAAGAAGAAGAGCCAAUGGAAGUCGACACAGUAGCCCAGAGUCAAAUAGUAACAGAAGACGUUGCUCUGCCUGCCCCGAAAAUGGUCAAUCAUCACAUCUUCAGUGUUAAAACAGAAGAUCGGGGCCUCACUGGGAACAAGGUGGCUGAGGAGUUGCACCCCAGAGCCAAAAUGGCGGACCGGUGUCUCUUUGGCCUUAAAGUAGAAGGCAAGUUCUGUGCUGAAGGAUGCCCGCCUGUCUCCGCAAUGGCAGACAGUGCAGUCUCUGGAGCCAAACAGUUUCACUUUCAAGUGAACAUGGAGGAUGUCUCUGGAACUAAGAUGUCGGACCACCUUCUAACUGGAGCCAAGAUGGAGGACCAGCUUCUCUUUAAAGCAAAGUUUGCCGAGCGGCCUUUCUCUGGAGUCAAGGUGACCAACAAGUUUCUCUCUGGAGUCAAAACAGAGGACAAGUUUGCUUCAGGGGCCAAGAUGGAGAACCAGGUUUUCUCCGGGGUGAAGAUGGAGGAGCAGCUCUUCUUUGGAGCCAAGAUGGAAGACCAAUUUACCUCUGGAGCCAAGAUGGCUGACCAGUGCCUCAGAGCAGUGCUGUGGCAGGACAUGUCAGUGAACCUGGCGUCCACACUGCUGCAUCAACUGUCAGAGAGGGUCAGUAAGUCCAACAGUCAGCUGGUGGACAGGAUGACUCCACCCAUCAGAAGCAGUCCUGUUUUGAAGGGUAACGACGACCAGCGCCGCUCUUCCCCGGCAGUGAUCAGCUCCCAAUCUCCUCCACUUGAAACCCAAACCAGCCUCAGCAGACACCAAACCACAGGUUGCUCUUACUUUUUCAGGUGUCACGUGUGCGGUUUUGAGACCGAAGGACAGGCCCUUUUCCAGAGUCACAUGACCGAACACCGCCAAUGGGAGCACAGAUCCUUCUCGCUGCACUGCUGCGUGUGCGACCACUCGACCAAUCAGGAGGCAGAGAUGAGGGCUCACGUCUGCACGCACAUUCAGGGCGAAGUGAGAUGCCCUGUUACCCUUCCUGCCACAGCCUCCACCUCCAGCAGCGGUGUUCGUUCAGUUGCCACGGCAACCCAGCCGGAGACAAGCACCUCAGAGCAUCGCUGCCGCAUCUGCCAGAGGUCGUUUCCAGGGCAACAGGAGCUGCUGGUUCACUUCCAGGGUCAUCGCCAGGGCAACCAGUACCGCUGCGACCGGUGUGGCCACCUGACCCGGACAGCCAACAAGCUGGUGGAACACGUGCGCGUGCACACGGGGGAGCGACCGUUCACCUGUGACCUCUGCCCCUACAGCGCCAAGCGGCGGGACAGUCUGCGCCUGCACUGCAAGGUCAAACACGCUGCGCACUUCUUCAAUGGGGGCGCGACGGACGCACCCGCCGACGUGCAUACGCACCGGUCAUACGUGCAUGCAGACAAUCAGCGCUCGAACAAGCACGUCCAGCGGCUGCACACACCGCCAAGCGCUCACACUGCUGCAUCCUCCUCCUCUGUUCCUCCUCUUCUUCUUCAUCCAUCGCUGUCCGACCGCGCUGGAUGGAGGGAUUUGUCUCCUCUCCUCCCGAUUACGACCCUCAUCUCUCUGAAACAGCGCUCUCCUUCAUCUUCCUCCUCCUCUUCAUCUUUCUCUACCAAACACUCUUUUCUUGGUUACCUCGGCCUGACAACUUCUUUGUAAAGCCUCCCUGCUUUUGGUCCUCCUCUCUUCGUCUCCUUCUCUUCUAAUUUCUCCUCUUCCUCUUCUUCCUUUUCUCUUCUAUCCAUCCUCUGGACUCUUAAAGCGAUGGAUGUAAAGCUCUGUAAUGUAUCCAAGGUACUGUCACUCAGCACUAUGUAUGAGAAUGUCAAACAGCACUGAAAACACACCGAUAAGGAACGUUUUUGAAUUUAUUCAACUUUUGCAUCAUGCUCGUGAUUUUUGCUGCAUUCCUGCCUGCUUUAGCCCGUCAUAUAAUCACUGAACUCUUAGCUAUUUAACCGUGUGACAUAUUUAUUGCCUGUCUCUCUUGUCCUCCAGAAACCUUGAACUUAAAAAGUCGAAUUUUAUUAUAAAUUGUUCUAAUCAGAAACAUGAGAUGCUGUGAAGUAAGGGUCAUUUAUUGAGAUGAUGAGAUAAUGUUGAGGGUGAGAUAGUUUGUUUUUCUUUUAAAACACAACGUGUUUUUUAGACAUUUUCUUUAAAAAAGCAGCGGACUUCAAAAAAACAUGAUUAAAGGAAGAAAAUAAGAGUUGACAGCAUUUCUAGCAGCUCUUUAUCUAUAUGAAGGUUUACUUAGCUGUUUACUUUGAGUUCAGCAUGCUAACUGUUCCACAGUACAAUGCUAAUAUAGCAGGUAUGAUGCUAAUCGUAUUCUAUGUUCUUAUUUUGUUAUGUGAACAUGCUAACUUUUGCUAAUUAUCGGCAGUAAGAACAAGCUACUGCUACUACUGAGAAUGUCCUUAGUUCGGUAUGCUUAUAUGUUAAUUUUUGCUAAUUAACCGCUGAGGCUAAUGGGAAUGUCUUUAGUUUUAUUGUUGUAUUAUUUGCUUAUUGCUGCUGAGACUUCGAACUUUUUUACUUAGUAUAAAUGUCUUUAGUCUAGCUUUUUAGCAUGGUAAUGAUGGCGAUUUAAUACUAAAAAAAUGCAGUUCAGCUAAGAGUUAUAUAUAUAUAUAUAUGUCUUUAACUUAGAUUGUUACUGCGCUAAUAUUUGCAAUUUAUCACAACAAACAAUGCUGCUUAAAUUGAUGAGAAGGGUGUUAGUUUAACAUGCUGUUUAGCACUAAACACAAUAUACAAGUGAGGCUGAUGGGAAUGCCUUGUGCUGAUUUUUAGCAUUGAUAAUGUUGGCCAUAUCUUGCUGUGGCAUGUGAACAUGCUAACCUUUGCUAAUUUGCACUAAAAGAAAUCACCACUUAGGCUGAUGGGAUAUUAUCAGUUUAUCAUGCUAAUUUGCACGAAUGAUGCAUUCCAGUUGAAGUUGGAAUUUCCCAGUUCCCAGUUGGAAUUGGACCCCCCUCUCAAGUUGGAUUUCCAAUAGAAAGUGAGACCAGCCCCACCAACCCGACUUCUCAACCCCAAAUGGUGGCUCCGAAUCGCUCCGUAAAACUUUCAUUCGUGCUGCCAGUGUUGUGUAUCUGUGACUGACUCUAGCCUCAAAUGUGUUGCAGGGGCGUUUUAAGUGCAAAAACACAAGCGUUGCACUGUGUUAAUAGUGAUGCACGAAUGGCUCUACUUUGCUUAGAAGCAAAACUAAUCCUGGUAUCCCUUGCUUUUCUGACUUUAGUACUGGAAUACAUUCAAAUGAGGAGUGACAUCACUCCCAGCAUUGACAACCGACUUCUGAGUUAAAUGGAUUCACCAUAAAAAUAAGCUAUUGAUGCUACUGGGAUUGAGAAUGUCUUUAGUUUUGUGUGUUACGUGCUAACCUUUCAGUUUUGUAUAGGCUCAAAGGGAUGUCUGUAGCAUGUUAGUAUCUUAAACUUUCUAAGUUAGUACUAUUCACACGCAAUAUUCCUGAGGGGGUUUGAAACUGCAUUACUUUAGGGUGCUAAUAUGAUCAUUUCCACUGAAGCUAAUGAGAAUAUAAUUAUGGUGCAUUCCAGAUUAAGUCGAACUUUCAGAAUUCCCUGUUGGAAUCGUUGUCUCAAACACCCCCUGAACCUGGAGUUCCAACUGAUAACGUGGGAGAAACCCCUAUAUAGAAAUCGAAAAUGGUGGCAGUGAAUGGAAAAAGUAGUGAAACUGUAAUACUUUCUAUCUGUGCCACUACUGACUUGCUAAAUAAGCCAUAUACAGAGCAGUGAGAACGCUCUGUCCGUGAACGUGCUGCAGCUACAUUUUUAAGCACAAAAAACAAACAUUAUGCUGUGUUCCUAGUGAUGACAUGAAUGACUCUGCUUUGCUAAGAAACAAAACAAAUCCUGUUUGUCGUGCUUUUCUGACUUUAGUACUGAAAUACACUAACUCUGGAAUAACUUCACUCCAGAGUUCUGAAUUAACUGGAAUGGGACAUUACCGUAGGGUAUUAGCAUGCUAACACUGGCUAAUGAAAGCAAAAAAACACACAGCAAGGCUAUCAGUCCUCAGCUUAUUGCGUAAACAUGCUAACAUUUGCCAUUUAGCAUUAAACAGAGCAUCUAGCUGAGCUGAUGAAAAUGUUACUAGCUUUAUUAUUAUUUUAUCCUGAAUUUGGUUAAAGUCAUCAGGAUGUUUGUGUCAAGUCUUUAAUGCUCCAUGUAAAUCCAUCCAGCCAUCAAAUGUGGAGAUAUUUCCAACAGACCAAUUCAGAGAACCACUCAAGGUUUAAAUCAUUGGUGUUUUACUGAGUUCAUCUACAACUGUGAGUGAAAGCAUUUUAAACCAGAUGCUGCAGCCGAAGUAUACUUUUUAUAAUCUGUUGCUUAUUGUCUUAGCCAUUCUAAUCGUAAAGUCUAUAUUUUCUGAGAGACCAUCUUCACUUGUUGUGUCUGACUUUGGUAUUGUAUUACUGCAGAAAGCUCACAUUUGAUGAGAACACUUUAUUUUAUUUGACUGGUUGCAUGAAUUAUUUAAAGUUACCAUCCUUCAGUCUGCUGCUUCCACUUCAAUAUUGGAGGAUUUUUGGGGUUAUUCGUGGUUUCUGGAGGACAGUGAUGAUACUUCUAAUAUUUGUGUUGUAUAUUGAUAAUGUAUUUGUGUUUACAUGACUACAUGGGGCUCCUGGGAGUCUGAAAUGUCUUAAUUUAAGGUUGCACUAUAUGUAGACAGAAGAAAAGUCAGUUUAGAACACUUUAGCCUUUUGCAAAAACACUUUAAGUGUUGGUUUGUUUUGUAAUGUCGCCGAAGGAAAAGUCGAAACCCACAGCCAAAUAAUUACUCUGCAGAUUCAGUCCCGGGGAUCCAGUUUUUGUUAAAUUAUCCAGUACUAACAGCUGAUCCACGACUGGUAUGGGGCAGGGACAGCUGCUCAAUAAAGUGUCGAAAAUA